GCGAAAUCACCAGAGCUCCUUUGGUCACUGCAAAGAUCCAGAAGCCGUACUCCAUGGACACGACGAACGGCAUACGUACGGUAUCGGGGAGCAGCAGCAACAGCAACUACACAUACCCUCCCGGGCGAAUUGAGAUGGACGCGAUGCGCGCCCAUCAUGUCCUAUAUCGCAACGGCGCAAUGACUGAUUCGAUACCUCCUACAGACGGCAGGACUCCCGAUAACACCUGUGCGCCUUUAGAACCACGGCAGAAAUAUUCCACCACACAAUCACCGCUUCCCGAUUGCGAAUUUCCAGUAGAGCAGGGCAGCCCGUCGUACCAAAGGGAAAAGCCAUUGGACCGUCAUUGCAAGGAGGAGGAGGGCUUGAGUCCCAAUCAGUGGGCGGCUUCCGGUGAACAGGAAGACAACAGUGGCAGUUACUCUGAAGGAGAGAACGUCGAAAUGUCAACUUGGAGGGGGAGCCCGUCGGUGAAGGGGAGUACGGAGACCAUGCGCAUGCUCUUGCUGACAUGUGUCUCGGUUGGCAUCACCUUCACAUGGGGUGUUGAAAUGACUUACUGUACGCCCUACCUUCUCUCGCUGGGACUUACCAAGGGCCAAACAUCGCUCGUCUGGGUUGCCGGACCAUUAUCUGGCUUGAUCGUACAACCCAUCAUAGGCGUCAUCGCUGAUCAAUCAAAGUCACGAUGGGGCAGAAGGCGACCUGUCAUCGUUAUUGGAUCCAUCAUCACAGCACUCGCUCUCAUGGCCUUGGGCUUUACUAAGGAGAUAGUGGCCUACUUUAUUUGGGAUCCGACCUAUGCAAGAGCGUGCACCAUCGCUGUUGCUGUCCUUUCGCUCUAUUGUGUUGACUUUGCCAUCAAUGCCGUAAUGUCUUGCGCUAGAAGCUUGGUUGUAGACACUCUGCCUAUUCAAAAACAACAAAGUGGCGCAGCAUGGGCAAGCCGUAUGGGCUCACUUGGACAUAUUAUCGGCUAUGGUAUGGGGGCGAUCGACCUUCUCCAGCUCUUUGGAACGUCUUUGGGAGACACACAAUUCAAGCAGCUUACCGUCAUCGCCGCCCUGGGGAUGCUCGUUACCUCUUCCGUAACCUGCUGGGCAGUGACCGAGCGGGUUCUCGUCACUGUCCGGCCCGAUCCUCGCCGCCAAUCGGGUCGUUUCAAGGUUGUGCGCCAAAUCGUGUCGACCCUCAUCACUUUACCUCCUCGCAUCCGCGCCAUCUGCUAUGCGGUCUUUUGGUCUUGGAUCGGCUGGUUCCCAUUCAUCAUCUACAGCAGCACCUGGGUAGGCGAAACCUACUUCCGGUACGAUGUGCCCGCCGACACCCGAGACUCGAGCGACGCCCUGGGCGACAUGGGCCGGAUCGGCAGCACUGCCCUGACCGUCUACUCGACCGUGACCUUCAUCAGCGCCUGGAUAUUGCCACCCUUCAUCCGCGCGCCCGAGGACAACACCUUCACCCACCGCCCGCCCGCCAGCAUCGCCAACCUCGUCGAGACGGUCAACAAGUACAAGCCCGACCUGCUCAGCGCCUGGAUCGCCAGCCACCUCAUGUUCGCCUUCGCCAUGUUUCUGACUCCCUUCGCCGCCUCUUUCCGCUUCGCCACUGUCCUGGUCGCCCUAUGCGGCAUCCCCUGGAGCAUCGCCAUGUGGGCGCCCACCACGUUCCUGGGAGUCGAGGUCAACAAGCUCAGCGGCGCUCCCGACCCUAUGUCUCCAGGGGCCACCUCCGCCACCAACCCAUCCUACAGGAGACUUUCUACCAGCAGUAUCGAGAUGCGCUUCGUCGACGAGCCUGCCGCCGGCGCUGUUGAGGAGGUCACCGCAGGAAACAGCUCAACCGGCGAGCUAAGCGGCAUCUACUUUGGCAUUCUUAACAUCUACACCACCAUCCCGCAGUUCAUCGCGACAUUUAUGAGCAGCAUCGUCUUCGCCAUCCUGGAGCCGGGCAAGAGCCCGGAGCUGGCGACGGAUGCCCAUCCAAGUGAGCAUGCCAAGACGGACGGACCGAACGCGAUUGCUGUGUGCAUGUUCAUUGGAGCCAUCAGCUCGUUGGUGGCGGCGUACGCUACUGCUAAAAUGAGGGAUAUAUAAAAUGGAUGGGUUUUGCUUGGUCAUAUAAU